AUGAAGCAGUCGAGCAGCUUGUGUUUGCUCUUCCUCGUGGCGCUCUGCACCAGCCUGGCCUGCGACCUGGACCAGGCACAGGUCCUCUUCCAGGGGUUUAACUGGGAGUCGUGCAAGCAGCAGGGAGGCUGGUACAACAGGCUCAAGGCCCAGGUCGACGACAUCGCCAAGGCCGGCGUCACGCACGUCUGGCUGCCUCCACCCUCGCACUCCGUCUCGCCACAAGGCUACAUGCCGGGGCGCCUAUACGACCUGGACGCGUCCAACUACGGCACGGCGGCGGAGCUCAAGUCCCUGAUCGCGGCGUUCCACGGCCGGGGCGUGCAGUGCGUGGCGGACAUCGGCGGGACGCCCGACGACCGCCUGGACUGGGGCCCCGGCAUGAUCUGCAGCGACGACACGCAGUACUCGGACGGGACGGGCCACCGCGACACGGGCGAGGGCUUCGCCGCGGCGCCCGACAUCGACCACCUCAACGAGCGCGUCCAGCGGGAGGUCUCCGCCUGGCUCAACUGGCUCAAGUCCGACGACGUGGGCUUCGACGGCUGGCGCCUCGACUUCGCCAAGGGCUACUCGCCGGCCGUCGCCAAGAUGUACGUGGAGAACACCCGGCCGAGCUUCGUCGUUGCCGAGAUAUGGAACUCCCUGAGCUACAGCGGUGACGGCAAGCCGUCGCCCAACCAGGACCAGUGCCGGCAGGAGCUGGUGAACUGGGUGCAGGCUGUUGGAGGGCCCGCGAUGGCGUUCGACUUCACUACCAAGGGGCUGCUGCAGGCGGGCGUGCAGGGGGAGCUGUGGCGGCUGCGCGACAGCUCCGGCAAGGCGGCUGGCAUGAUCGGGUGGAUGCCGGAGAAAGCCGUCACCUUCGUCGACAAUCAUGACACCGGGUCCACGCAGAAGCUGUGGCCGUUCCCGUCCUACAAGGUCAUGCAGGGCUACGCCUAUAUCCUCACCCAUCCAGGAGUCCCCUGCAUCUUCUACGACCACAUGUUCGACUGGAAUCUGAAGCAGGAGAUAUCCACGCUGUCUGCCAUCCGGGCGCGGAACGGCAUCCACGCCGGGAGCAAGCUGCGGAUCCUCGUCGCGGACGCCGACGCGUACGUGGCCGUCGUCGACAAGAAGAAGGUCAUGGUGAAGAUCGGGACAAGGUACGACGUGAGCAACAUGAUCCCGUCGGAUAUCCACCCCGCGGCACACGGCAAGGACUACUUCGUCUGGGAGAAGGGGAGCCUCGGCGUCCCGGCUGGGCGGCGGCACCUUUACCAGCUCAGCCUUGUGCUGCAAACACAGCAGUAA